CAUCCAAAUUCCAAAGCUCUGAGCUUUCUCUCUGAAGUCCCCUUUAGUCAGGAAUUUCUGGGGAAAAUGCAGUUUCCCAGGACUUUCUUUGUAUUCUGUUCUGCAUUGCUCCUUUGUUCCUCCUUGACAUAUGGGCAAAAAGCUAGUCCUCCGGCUCCGGCUGCAAUGACCCCGACUCCGACACCGGCACCGGCACCAGCACCGGAAUAUGUAAACCUCACUUACUUACUCUCUGUGGCAGGUCCAUUUCACACAUUCCUUAAUUACUUAGAAUCAACUAAAGUCAUUGACACCUUCCAAAACCAAGCCAACAACACUGAACAAGGCAUUACGAUUUUCGUACCCAUGGACAAUUCAUUCAGUGGUCUUAAGAAGCCAUCGUUGUCCAAUCUCAGUGAUGAUCAGCUCAAAUCUCUCAUCCUUUUCCAUGCCUUGCCCAAAUACUACGCCCUUGCGGACUUCGGUGAACUCAGUACAAAGGGUCCUGUCAGUACACUUGCUGGUGGUCAAUACACUUUGGAUUUCACCGAUAAUUCCGGCACCGUCCACCUCGAUUCGGGAUGGAGUAAAACGAAAGUCACCAGCGCUGUACAUUCUACCGAUCCUGUUGCUAUAUAUCAGGUCGAUAAGGUCCUUCUUCCAGAGGCUAUCUUCGGUACCGAUGUACCUCCAAUGCCUGCCCCAGCUCCAGCUCCAGCUCCUGAUGUUAGCCCUGCUGCGGAUUCUCCAUCAGCGGAUUCGAAAGGAGGCGGUUCAUCGUCCAAGUCUUUGCCUUCGAGUUCAACUUCUGAUGGGAUUGUGGGGUUGAGGUUGAGCGUUUGGAGUCUGAUGGUUUUGACAGGCUUUGGUGUGUUGGUUCUGCUUUCCUAAGAUGCAAGACUUCAUUGCGUGUAAUUAAUGUUCACGUGGGGUGAUCACUGAGUUUCUCAAUUUACAUUGAUUUUUAAAUUCAUUGUUUUUGUACGUUACUAAGAUUAUGUGUUAAGAAGAAGGGGAAUUGUUAUGUUAUAACUUCUAUUUGAAUUUAAAUGGCGUUAUGCA